UGCCGUGUCUUCAUGCGCACGCAUUGGGAACCACAUGGUGGCAAAGUGGCUCCGUAGAGUGAAGUUCGCCAGUAAUCAGAUGUGUUUUCUGAAUAGUUACAGUCUAAUAAGAUAAAAUGUCGCAGGUACAGGCGCGGUUCUUCACCGAAAACAAAAAGUAUCUGAUAGAUGAUGUCCCGUUCUCCAUCCCUGCUGCCUCGGAGGUGGCGGACCUCAGCGGGGUAAUCAACAAACUGCUGGAAGCUAGGAACGAUGGACACAAACAUGUUGAGUUUGAUUUCCUGGUUAAGGGUCAGUUUCUCCGCUCUUCACUGGCCAAUCACAUGGAGACAGAGAACAUCUCAACGGAAGAAGUGGUGGAAAUCGAAUAUGUUGAGAAGUUCACGGCCCCACAGCCAGAGGAGUGCAUCAUGCACGAUGACUGGAUCAGCUCAGUGGAAGCAGAUUCUGAAUGGAUCCUUACAGGCUCUUACGAUAAGACUGCACGGAUUUGGUCUAUGGAAGGGAAGGCGGUGAUGACCGUGGCUGGACACACUGAUGUUGUGAAGGAUGUAGCCUGGGUGAAGAGAGACGGUCUGAGCUCUCUGCUCUUGACCGCAUCUCUGGAUCAAACGAUCAUGUUAUGGGAGUGGAAUUCUGAACGGAACAAAGUGAAGGCCCGACACUGUUGCCGUGGACACGCAGGAAGUGUAGACACAGUUUCCGUCGACCCCACUAGGACGAAGUUUUGCAGUGGCUCAUGGGACAAAAUGCUUAAGAUAUGGUCAGCAGUGCCAACAGAGGAAGAGGAUGAGAUGGAGGAACCCAACAGACCGCGUAAAAAACAGAAAACGGAGCAGAUGGGGCUCACGCGGACUCCCCUCAUGACUUUCUCUGGUCAUAAUGAGGCAGUGUCCUCUGUGCUCUGGACGGACGCUGAGGAGUUGUGCAGUGCAUCAUGGGAUCACACCAUCCGUCUAUGGGAUGCAGAGACUGGUGGACCGAAGGGUACAAUAACAGGCAGUAAGGUUUUCAACUGUAUCUCAUACUCUCCUCUGUGUCGCCGUCUGGCCUCGGGCAGCACAGACAGACAUGUGCGUCUAUGGGACCCAAGAUCUAAAGACGGCUCUCUAGUUCUCCUGUCUCUAACGUCCCAUAACGGUUGGGUGACGGCGGUCAGGUGGGCUCCAUCUCACGAGCAUCAGCUUGUUUCAGGAUCUCUAGAUAAUGUGGUCAAACUCUGGGACAUAAGGAGCUGUAAAGCACCACUCUAUGAUCUAGCUGCCCACGAAGACAAAGUAAUGUGUGUUGACUGGACAGAGAAUGGGCUGAUUUUGAGUGGAGGAGCAGAUAACAAACUCUACACAUACAGAUACUCGGCAUAUGUCUCGGAUGCAGGAGCGUAAAACACUCCGGUGUUAGUUGUCGUUUUACUUCAGGAUCGCCAUGGGAACAUAAACAACAACAUCUUCUGCUGUAUAACCAACAAAAUAUGACAUUGGAAACCAGCUACAAGCAUACAACAAAACCUCACAGCCUUACAAGAAACAAACGCAUUUCUGUGCAAAUCAUGCGUGAAACCAUUCGUACAUUGUCACAUUAAGUUCAGUGGGCGCUUUGCAUGAAUGGUUUUAAGAAUAAUUUGUUCUAAUUCGAUAAGCUUCUGUUCACUGAAUCAGGCCUCGUUCAAUGUGACAAUUUACACGAAGGCCUCGCCAAUGAUUUACACACAAAUCAAUAAGUUCUGCUCAUGUUUUAUAAGAAAGGAACAGUCUUGUGUUUUUGUUCACAGUGGUAUUUAGUGUUUAAUGCUCAAUACGUCGUCACGUGUCAGGUUUACUCCGCUGCCUUUUCAUAACAAAUCUAAGUUUGUUAAAUUGCUGGUUACUCGUGUGGUAAAUUGUGAAGUGUUCUGUAGUUUUAAUAACUUUGAAUUUGAAAUGAAUAUAUUUUCAGUGUUCCUGUCACUAAAUAUACUAUUCCAGAUAUUGUUGAUCUUUGGAUUGUAUUGAAGUGUAAUAAAUUCUAAAUUACAGUUAAAA